UCCGGAGGCUGGGCUUGGGUACUGGAUAUAAAAAGCAUUUACCAUUCCUGGGGAAUACUUAAUUCCUUCAAGCACCAUCUCUGUGACCAGCUCGGCCUUUUGGAAAGUCAGUGGAAAUGGCUUCAUCCAGCAACCAGCAGCAGUGCAAACAAACACCCACCUUGCCACCUGCACUGUGCAAAACAGUGCCAGAACCAUCACCAUGCCCACCAGUGGUGAAAAUACCACAAUGUCCACAGGAGGAGCACCAAUGCAAGCAGACCAUCACUUUCCCUCCGGUGACCUGCCCACAGCCGACACCAUGUCCUCCAGUUGAGCAACCUUGCAAGGAGCCACCAGUAGUGGUCAUUCCAACUCCAUGCCCACAGCCAACACCAUGUCCUCAACAGAAGACUCCAUGCAAGGAGCCACCAGUAGUGGUCAUCCCAACUCCAUGCCCACAGCCAACACCAUGUCCUCAACAGAAGACUCCAUGCAAGGAACCACCAGUAGUGGUCAUCCCAACUCCAUGCCCACAGCCAACACCAUGUCCUCAACAGAAGACUCCAUGCAAGGAACCACCAGUAGUGGUCAUCCCAACUCCAUGCCCACAGCCAACACCAUGUCCUCAACAGAAGACUCCAUGCAAGGAACCACCAGUAGUGGUCAUCCCAACUCCAUGCCCACAGCCAACACCAUGUCAAGAGAAGCCUCCUUGCAAGGAGCCACCAGUAGUGGUCAUCCCAACUCCAUGCCCACAGCCAGCACCAUGUCAAGAGAAGCCUCCUUGCAAGGAACCACCAGUAGUGGUCAUCCCAACUCCAUGCCCAGAGCCAACACCAUGUCCUCAAGAGAAGCCUCCAUGCAAGGAGCCCCCAGUCAUUGUUGUCCCAAUUCCAUGCCCUCAGCCUGAGCCAGUUCCUUGCCCACAAGUGAAGCAGCCGUGCAAGAAACCACCAGUAGUGGACAUUCCAACUCCAUGCCUGGAGCCAACACCAUGUCCUCAGAAGAACUCACCAUGCAAGGAGCCCCCAGUAGUGGUCAUCCCAACUCCAUGCCCACAGCCAAUACCAUGUCCUCAAGAGAAGCCACCAUGCAAGGAGCCCCCAGUCGUGGUUGUCCCAAUUCCAUGCCCUCAGCCUGAGCAAGUUCUUUGCCCACAGGUGAAGCAGCCUUGCAAGAAACCACCAGUAGUGGUCAUUCCAACUCCAUGCCCACUGCCUACACCAUGUCCUGAAGAGAAGCCUCCCUGCAAGGAGCCACCAGUAGUGGUCAUCCCAGCUCCAUGCCCAGAGAAGCAGCCUCCCUGCAAGGAGCCAACUCCUGUCCCGUGUUGCCCACCUUCAGCUAAAUGUCCACCCCCUACUGAUCAGCAGCAGAGAAAGCAACCUUGCCAGUGGCCUCCACAGAAGUAAACAAGCCUGAGAAAAAUAUCACGGCAGAAAGUCAAUAUGUUCCAUGUAUCCAGCUCUCAGCCUGCAUAUACCUCAUCCUUUUUUGCUCAUGUAAAUGUCUUUUUUUAAAAAACAAAAAACACCUGUUGAUAUAUUGUGCAUGCUGUUGUCCAUAUGCUAAUUGCUAGUAAAUAACAUAAUUUCCACCAACAAAUUUACGUUUAAACCGCUUCUGGAGGACGUGUUUUGGAAUUAGACUAUUGAAUUGGUUUUCAGUGGGUAUGCAAUGAGCUCUUAGUUUCUUCCUUCUCAGGGCCGGCCCUACCAUUAUGCAGGGUGAGGCAGAUGCAUCAGACAGCAGGGACCACAAUUUCUCUCCUAUUCUUCCUGAUUCACCGAAGCUACCCUGCUCUGCAUCCCUUAAGCUAGCCCGGUAGCCUCAGGUGUGGUGGAAGACUCAGUCCCAUUGUCAGUAUUAAUGUCUGGUUGGAUUCUGUACAAGGAAUGGGAGGUGCCAUCCCUUCCUUUCUUGGGUAGGCCCUGUCUCUUCAACAUAGGUUACUGAUUAUAUUAUUGAUUGUACAGUUCUUAAAACAGAGAAGAGCCCUGCCUGUAAGCCUCCUCUUCCCCCCCCCCGGAUGGUGAAAAGUGACCCACACCAUUGUCUUAUCUCCACUUUAACAAUAGACAAAAGUGUCACUCACCAAAUUGGCUCAAUCCAAAAAUGGGGAAAGGGGGAGAAAUACUUUGCCCUCUAUUCUUUAGAAUGUCUAUAGUGACUAGCUGGGAUGGCUAUAUAUUACCAACAGGACCAAAAGCUCCAUAGCUCGGUGGUAGAGCAUGUGUUCUGCAUGCAGAAGGUUCAAUCCCUGGCAUCUCUAGGUAGGCUGUGCAUGACACCUGUCCCAAACCCUAGCUAGUCACUGUCAGUCAGUGCAGACAAUACUCAGCUAGAUGGAUCAACAGCCUGACUCAGUAUAAGAAUGACAGUGGGACAGAGCUCUCCCACUAAUGCCCUGUUUCCUGGCUUCCCAGAGGCAUCCAACUGGUCACUGUGGGACACAGGGCAAUGGACUAGAUAGGCCUUAGGAUUGAUUCAGCAGGGCUCUCCUUAAGUUUGGAAGCUACUCCCAUUUCCUGCACAUGCUAUUCCUCGCCCACAGACCCUUGUAGGAUGGCUUCUAGAGCUCAUGUGGCCAGUAGGGAGCCAUGGCCACUUCCGUCUUUACUGAAGAUGUCCUCAGUGAGAUGCUGGCCAAAGAAUGUGACUCAUCAGGGCUUCUCACCUGGAGCAACUCAUUAAAGCUUCAAAAGAGAAAUUGCUCCCAGUGAUGCCCGGGUUGUUUGACUGUGAAUUUAAUUGAGGUAAUUGCACAAAACAAAGGCGGUUUUAUUGGAUGGCUUCCAUGCCACAGUUGUGUAGGUCAUAUUUGCUUAUGUUGCAGGGUAAUCAUGACACCAUCAGGAAGUUGAUUUAUGUAUCCAAAUCCUUACUGUUUAUCGUUAAUCCAUCCAUAUGUGCUUCUGGGAUCAAACUGAUUGUUCCUAAUACUCUGAAUUUCAGAAAUAAAAGGAAACAGCAAAGCUA